AUGAUAAAUUAUUAUUUGAAAAAUAGAUGGUGUGUCAGUGAAGUGAUACCAUGUAACCCACAAGAGACGAGACGACUGGAUGGAACAUGUAACAACCUAAAGUACCCCAACAGAGGAGCCUCACACACCCCAACAUAUAGACUGCUACCAGCCCAUUAUGAUCAGGAUUUUGAGCCAAGAAAAUCCAAGAGUGGUAAACCUCUGCCGCUAUGUAGGAAAGUCCGUACGUCCAUGUUAGCUGAGGGGAGAGUCCCUGACACCGAAUUGACACAGCUAUUGUUGCAUUUCUGGGUAUUUGUUUCGUCGGACGUAUUAUCAUUGCAUGAUACAGUGAACUAUAUAUUAUGGAAACCAUAUUGCUGUCAAGAGAGAGGGAAGACAGACAAGGGUUGCAUUCCAAACAUAAUUCCUGAAGAUGAUCCUGUUCAUCGCUUCUCUUCUAUCCGCUGUAUGAACUUGACAAGACCUUGGAGUUUCCAAUCUACAGGAUGCUAUAGAAAUGACACUACCCCAGAAAGAAUAAUAACAGCCAGUCCUGCAUACGAUUUAUCUCACGUGUAUGGUCUCUCUUUAAAAUUAUUAAAUCAAAAACACAGAAGUUUUAAAAAUGGUAUGCUCAAGUUUGAAGUUGAGAAUAAUAUGUUAUGGCCUCCAAGCACAAAGACUCCGGUCGAUCUAUGUCUUCUUAAUCAAAAACCGAAGGAAACACGUUGUCAUGAUACUCCUGAAUCGGGCUCCAACAGUGUAUUGGGUCUUAAUCUUUUUGUCAUCUGGACUUGGCGUUUUCACAAUUACGUUGCAUCGGAACUGUCAAGAAUCAAUCCUUGCUGGUCCGAUGAUAGACUCUUCUUCACAGCCAGAGACAUCGUCAUUGCUUAUUACAUGCAGAUGUUCUAUUAUGAAUUAUCGCCGACCCUGUUAGGUUACGAAAAUCUUCUUCGAGACGGAGUUCUUUCACCUUUCAAAGAAUUUAGAGAUCUUUACAAAGAGGAUCUCCUACCGCAGAUUUCCAUAGAAUAUCCUAUGGUACUUAGAUGGGCUCACACUAUAACAGAGGGAGUACUAAAAAUGUACGACGCUAAAGGAAAUUAUUUGAACGAGACAAGGAUCGUCGAUUUAACAUUAAGAACGGGAUAUUUAGUAGAAAAUUUAGAAUUCAUCACACACGGUGCGUACAGACAGCCGGCUGCUAAGAAUGAUGGAAUUGUAGAUCCAGACAUUUCAGAAAAGGGUCUUGGACCUCAUCAGAGAGCAUCCGAUAUACCAACAAGUGAUGUAUGUAAGAAUCGUUACUUUGGAUUGGCACCGUAUAUUAAGUACAGAAAACUAUGUUCGGGAGUUGAGUACCGGAGUUUUGAUGAUUUAAUAGAAAUCAUGGAUUCAGAUAGGAUAGAGAUUCUAAGGGAAGUAUACGAACAUGUGGAAGAUAUAGAUUUAAUGGCUGGAAUGUAUUCAGAGAGGUAUGUUAAAGGAGGUCAUGUUCCUCCCACACUGUACUGUGUGGUCGUAGAACAGAUGAUGAGGACGAUGAUGUCUGAUAGACAUUGGUACGAGAGACCGAAUAGACCGAACGCGUUCACCAGAAAUCAGCUCUUACAGAUUAGAAAGGCGUCUGUAGCGCAAAUGCUCUGUUUGGUUGGAGAUGGAGUGACUCAUAUACAGCCUCAUGCUUUCUCUAUGCCAGGACCUGGGAAUGAGAUGUGUAGCUGUAACAUGAUCGAGAAAAUCAAUUUUUGGGCUUGGAAAGAUCCAAGUUGUGGAUUAAGCAACGCAUAA